AUGGUUGAAAGUGUGUCAGAGCCAGGACUCUUAGACGUUAAGCUGGACAAGGAGUGGAACUCUCUUGCCAUGUCUCAAGCCACUACCAAAUAGUUCAUCGAACUGAGUACCUAGAAAAUACUUGAUGACGGCAACUUGGUGGCCUUCUUCAAUUAGAAGUUGGAUAUAAACAGGUUCUUCGUAGCUCAAGGCAAUGGAGAUUCUCUGCCAUAAGUUGAAUUCGGAGGUGGUGGAUCAGAUGACCUGGAUAAAGACCCAUUCGAGGACUCACUAGAAGAUGCUCUGUGUGUGUUCAAGUCAGGCGGUGCAGGCGGCAAAGAUACAGAUAUCCUCAAGGAGAAUGAAGGCCAGUUGUUGUUCUAUAUUGACCUAGAGAAUGAGAAUAUCAUUGAUAAGCAGGAUGGAAAGUUAAAUGGUGCACAAGUUGAAGAUGAUUUAGAAGACGAAGUGCAGGGAUCUAAGCAUCCAUUAUUGCUGAAUCAAUAUCCAAUCUGUGAAGGUCACUCUCUCUUUUUGCUAUUUGCCGAGGAAGGACUUCCCCAAGUACUGUCAGAUGAGCUUUUGCUUCUACUUCUCCAAUUAUUCAAGCUCUCAGGCAACCCCAACCUUAGAAUCGGGUAUAAUUCAAUGGGAGCAGAUUGCAUUGCCAAUAACUUGCACUUCCAUGUGGUCUAUGCAGACAAACUACUCUAGAACACCAAUGGCUAGAGUGUAUUCCCAAUUGAGAACUACGAGAAGAAGAUGUUCUUCAGAAGCAGUUUGAGACAUAAAUCUCAGGAUGAAGUCAACAUGUACAACUGCGGAGUCAGAUUCGGCGAGGUCUUAGGCUGGCCAGUCAGAACACUCGUACUCUCCCCUGAAAUCAACAGCGAGAGCGAGGCUUCACUUGAAGAUGCUCAAGAGGCUCUAGCUCAUACAGCUGGCGUUGUUCUUAACUACUUGAUUGACAAGAACAUCCCUCACAACAUCCUGCUAGCCGAUGAAGGCAUGACCAUGUAUAUUAUCCCAAGAAAAUUCGAUCUACUCAUUGAGAAUGUCACCUUCUUCACCAGCUUCGAGACUCUGUGUGGUUUCAUCAAGUGCAAGGUUGAGACCUCCUAUAAAAAUAUGAAAGUAGACGACUUCAAGAAGAGAGUAAACGCAGGUGUCAGUUUGAAAGAGAACGAAUUCGACACCAUAAAGGCUGAGCUUAUCGAGAAAUUCUUAACUGAAUACGAGGGAGAAGUUAUCUAAUGA